AUGGCCUUCGACUUCGAGUGCGACACCUGCGGCAAGACCUUCCCGGCGGGCUGGAGGGCCCGUGACAACCACUGCAACUCGACCGGACACUCACGACGGUCGUUCGAGUGUGAUGUGUGCCCACGGUGGUUCGGCAGCCAGCAGGCUUGCAACCAGCACAUGAGAGAUACGGGUCACUGGCAGACCGUCGAGCGGUACGAGUGCGCGUGCUGCUACGACACGUGGCCGACCGAGGAGCGAUGCACCGAGCACGAGCACCAGGACCACAACUACUGCGCCGAGUGCAACCGAACCUUUCAAAACUUUAACAACCUAACCAUGGUACGCAAGCCGGCGCCACUCUCCGGCGAGGCGGAAGCUGACUGCGGCGGUGACAGCACCUCCGGUCGCGCGCCCACAGAGGCCAGCAGAUCGAGUGCCCCUUCUGCAAAAAUCGACUUCGCCACCGCCGCCGGAUUGACCCAUCACCUCGAGGCCGGGGCCUGCUCCGACGCGCGGGACCUGAACCGCGACGCCAUGUAUCGCUUCGUCCGGGGUAAGGAUCCGUGCGGACUCAUCUCCAAAAACCUCAUCGGCUGGACCGGCUCCGCCGAAUAUGUGGCCUCCAACCGGGCGUGGAACGGCGCUGCUUACGAGUGCUACCUCUGCCAUCGCGCGUUCCGCCUGCUGGCCGGCCUCAAUCAGCACCUCAACUCGCCGAGACACCAGCAGGCACUGUACCACAGCCCCAAUUACAUGUGCGCAAUGGACUUUAGGAGCCUAGCCGCCGUCAUCAACCACCUGGAGAGCGAGGCCUGCGGGUGCAUGCGUUUCGAGACGGUACAGCGCAAGAUCGGGGACAUGGUCAGCGGGAACCGCCUGAUUACCUUUUGA